AUUUCUGGAUUUAGUCAUAGUAGUACAAGUGGAGUUUUUGAAAAAAAAAGAAGCGAAAAGAUGGAAAAAGUGGUUGAUCUCUUCGGAGUUGGAGAAGCUAAUUCCCAGAAGCUACACGAAGGAGGCAACGAUCUCAGCGAGAUCGAACAGGGACUGUUCAUAGGUUCAGUAGCUGAAGCGGCUAAUAAGGAUCUGCUCAAAAGCUCCAAUGUCACUCAUAUCUUAACUGUGGCCGUCGCCUUGUUCCCUCCUCACCCUAAUGAUUUUGUCUAUAAAGUCAUCGAAGUCGUUGACAGAUCCGAGACUGAUUUGACGGUAUAUUUCGAUGAGUGUUUUAGCUUCAUGGACCAAGCUAUUCAAUCCGGAGGUGGUGUAUUGGUCCAUUGCUUCAUGGGAAUUUCUAGGAGUAUCGCUAGGGAGCCUAGUUAUGAGGAGGUGUGUCAACGAACAGAUUACGUAUUAUGUGGACGAGUACAGAGUUUUCUCGGGCCUGUGAUUUGUGUGACGAUAGUGGUCGCUUAUCUGAUGAAGAAGCAUGGUAUGGGAUUCUCUAAAGCUAUGGAGCUCGUAAGGAGUCGACGACCUCAAGCAUUGCCUAAUUUUGGCUUCAUUUCUCAGCUGCAGCAAUUUGAAAAAUCCAUCAAAGUACAAGAUGAGGAGGAUUCAGCUGAUAAAAAGAUAGAGUCAUGAACUCUCGAGAUAUUCGGAAGAAGUCUCAUGAGCUCCAUGAUGACCCCAAACAAUAAAAACUUAUUGGUUUCGUGCUGUGAAGGAUUUUUCUUGUGAACAAUUGAUGGUGAGAGCUCUUUGCCAUGUCCAUUAGCCUAUUGGAAUAAAUGAAAACGCAGUGUAUCCUCUGUUACUUACAAUGAAUUAUUUGGAAGAGGAUGAAUGCACCUAACCAAAACCAAACCUUAACCAGAUUGACUUGGUUUGCUUCAUAAUACAUUGAAAUGGUUACAUAAUAAGUUAUAUGUUUAUUAUUGCCACAUAAAUAAUUGAUUGUGUGCAAACCGAUUUCUUGAUCGAGA